AUGGCACCCAUUUUCACACCUCUUCUUAUUUUAAUAUGUUUUCUGGGAUGGAGCAAUGCCUACAAGAUGGUUCUUUUUGUUCCCGACAUCACAAACAGUCAGGUAAUUUUCAAUAGCCGAAUAGCAGAAACUCUUGUGAAAGCCGGUCAUGACGUCACAAUGGUACUAAUCACAGGAUUCGCUGACAGAGAUUCCAGUGACGUGAAAAUCGUGAAAGGGGUUUCAGGCAAGUCAUCUGACAGGCUUCUUACCACUAUUUGUUCAAUUAUUAUUUAUUUCUCUCUCCUGUCUCUCCAGACUGAGCAGGCAGCGCUCAGACCUUGCUAUGACGCGAGGAGGGUAAGGAACAGGAGGGUGCAGACUAUGUGA